UCCUAGUACUCGUUCGAAGCUGCACCAUGGCGGGGGUGUUCGGUGACGCACUAGCCAUGGCGCUGGUGGCCAUCGGCUCCGUGCUGAUCGCGCUUCUCAUUUGGCUGUUGAUGCGCAAGUACAACCGCGAGUACCCCAGGAACGUCGAGCCGUCGAAGGUCGCCACGCCUGCCACCAUUAGUCGAGAGACGACGGCGGCAAGCAUAUGGGGCCCGUGUAAAAAACCGAACGAGAACCCUAGCAUCAGUGGCGUGGGUAUUACGCAGCCGGUAUCCGAGGGACUGAACCGGAAACCGAAGGAGUCUCUCGCGGUUUUUCCGGGUAAAAAGCCUCCGUCAGCUGAGUAUCUAACAGACAAGUCAACGGGCAAGACGACCGACAAGAAAAAGGACAAGCCAGCGGACAAACGCGAAGACAAGCCAGUGGCAGACAAGCAAGGAGUCGAUGCGAGGGCACAAGGUCACGCUAGCAAAAAGCGUGAGGGCUCAACUGGAAGUGCUGCAUCUUUGGAGCAAAACAAGGAGCAACGGACCAAAGACGAGCAGCGCGAGAAGUCCAAGAAGUCCGAACAGCUUUCAGCCUCGAUUGUCGACUCCGGUUUCUCGAAGCACAAGAGCAAGCAGCCCAAACGGUCUAAACCAGCUGGGGCCCAGCCGGACACCGCGGUCGCGACCACGGACGCAGGCGCAGUUUCGCCGAAAGCGCCACCGGAAGGUGUCACACAAGAGCCCGCCAUCGACACAACGACGCCAGCAUUACCGGAUAACACACUUCCGUCGUUCGCACAGCAGAAGCCAAGCCAGGUGGAAGCGCCAGUACCACAAGUCUCCCAGCUGGGCGCUAAGAGCCCGGCGGUGGCAAUUGUAGACCGCGGCCCGGCCUCUGACACCCACGAUCUGGAUGAUUCGACUCUCCAGAAACUGCGGAAGGAAGUACUGAUGCGUCGGGCCUCGCACGCGUCUAUGCACUCGACACGAUUGCGGCCAGCGGUUGAAUCGCCCAAGGUGCCGACCGAACUCGACAUCUUUUCCGAAGAACACUCAACCGCGAGCAUCGCCCGGGCAACGACGGUGCGAGAGAGGCAAUCGCACUCCGGGCACAAGCAAAAGCACAAGCCCAAGUCGUCGUCCUCGAGGCCGGCCUCGACCGUCCCCGUUGACGUGGCGUUCGCGGGCUCCAAGUCCGAAUGCACAUCGCCCCCUCCGGGACUUGUUUCGCCGCCACGGACAAGCGCCGGCGUGGUCCCUGCUUCGGACGCACGUGACGGGCACCUAUCGGCCCUCGAGGAAGUCGGCCGCGCUGGCUACGUGUCUCAGCACUCUGUGCUGUCCGCACCACGUGUGCCCAAGGCGCCGAGCAAGCUUGACAACUUCUCGGAGGAACCCACUUGUGCGAGUGUCGUCGAAACCACUUCACAGCUGCAGAAGUCAAAGGAGGGCGGCAAGCACAAGCACAAGCGCAAGCACAAGUACAAGCCGGCCGCUUCCAGUCCUCCGGUGGCUGCGACAGGGACCACUGCCACUGCCACUUUACCGACCGGUAACUUGGAUGAAUCGACUGUACAGGAGCUCCGGCGGGACAUUUCCAAGCGCCGUGCGUCACACGUGUCUGUGCGCUCCCUGCGACAAGUGGCCGAUGCGGCCAAGGUUCCGGCCGAGCACGACAUCUUCUCCGAGCAACGCUCGUCGGAAAGCAACGUCCCAUCCGGUUGCGUCAGGGUCGAGAUGAUGCCGAUAUCGAUCAUCCCCGAUACCGCCGACGCAGGUCCCGCACCAGAGAACGGUGAUUUGGACGAGCACACCGUCCAGCAGCUCCGGCAGGACCUGAUGAAGCGCCGUGCCUCGCACGCAUCCAUGCACUCUGUGCGUUCGAUUCGAGCACCGGCGAAGGAAUCUGCCUCACCGAAGGUUCCCACCGAGCUCGACAUCUUCUCCGAGCAACACGCAUCGGAAAUCAACGUCGCAGCCGGUUGCGCCAGGGUCAAGCUGCUGCCGCCUUCGACCAUGCCCGAUACCGCCGACGCAGGUCCCGCACAAGAGACCGGCGAUCUGGACGAGCACACCGUCCAGCAGCUCCGGCAGGACCUGAUGAAGCGCCGUGCCUCGCACGCGUCCAUGCACUCUGUGCGUUCGAUCCGAGCGCCGCCGAAGGAAUCUGCCUCACCGAAGGUGCCACCUGAGCUUGACAUCUUCUCAGAGCAGCACUCGUCGAUCGGCCCCAAUGACGAUCCACAGAUGAAGAAAAAAAAGGGGAAGAAUAUUUUUUCCGAGCAGCCGUCGCCGGAGUGA